AUGAGGAAUCACAACGCUCGCGUUUCCGCAAGCUACUUUCGCAUCCGGAGACACGGAGUGACUUGGAAUGCAUAUCAUCACCUCUCUGUAUUUCUUAUCCAUUUGGUGAGCUUAAUGUAGAGUUAUGUGACGUCAAGCGAUCUAAAAAGCGCCCACUUUGGCUGGUAUGGCAGAAUCGCGACAACUUAUCUGUACAUCAUCACCAAAAAUAUAAUCUCAUCUUUAAACACGGUGACGAUCUUCGUCAAGAUAUGCUAAUUUUGCAAAUUCUUCGAGUAAGCGGUUUUUCAGACAUGACAUUAUUUACAUGUUGGUGA